AUGGUAACGGAUAUUCCAAUAGAUGAGGCGCUAUCCUUCUUGAAGUAUUAUUCAGAAUGGUAUACUGGAAUCCAUGGUUAUGUAGCAGCCAUUAUUUGCAUUCUGGGUGUUCUUGCGAAUAUCCUGAAUAUUAUCGUUCUCACAAGAAAGAAUAUGAUUUCGCCGGCAAACAUUAUUCUCACAGGUUUAGCCAUCUCUGACGGUUUGACUAUGGCAAUAUAUUUUCCAUUUGCCCUUCAUCAAUAUGUAAUAUACGGAACAGAAACAUCAGAAGCGCGAAACACCCUUAGCGCUGCACGAUUUCUUUUCGCUUAUGCCAUUUGCAGUGUUGUCGUGCAUUCAAUUUCAAUUUGGUUAACAGUCACGUUGGCCCUAUUUCGCUAUAUCUUCAUCAAAUACCCCCGGCAGAGUACCUACCUGUGCACGAUCCAGAGGGCCCAACUCUCCGUUGUUGUGGUUACAAUAGUCACUACUGUUGUAUGCAUGCCAAACAGCGCAACACUUAAGAUUCAACAGCAAACUGGCAACACCUCCACUAUUUGGUAUAUCAAAUAUAAGGAAAACAGCGAAGCUGAGAAAAUCUCUCGAACCUUGAAUUUUUGGGUUCAGGCCAUUCUUCUGAAGUUAGUACCUUGCGUCUUCCUAACUGUUCUGAGCAUUCUUCUGGUGAAAGCCAUGAAAGACGCCGAAAAGCGACGCAAACGAUUGCAGAGCCGGAGCGGGAGAACGGAAGACGAUGGCGGGCGAGAAAGGAAAACGAAUCGAACAACCAAGAUGCUUUUAGCUGUGGUUGUUCUGUUUCUCGUCACAGAAAUCCCCCAAGGUGUUUUGAAUAUUCUCAGUGGUUCUAUGCCUUCCUUCUUUACGCAGUACUAUUAUAUUUUCGCUGAUACUUUGGACAUUCUGACGUUACUCAACAAUGGCAUCAAUUUCAUUCUUUAUUGCACCAUGAGCAAACAAUUUCGAGACACUUUUAUCAGAAUAUUCUUCAAGACAUUCAUCGUGCAAGAUCGUCAAUUGCAACUCGUGUCUCCACAGGCAACCCGAUACACUGAGGUCUGA